AUGUAUAUCAGACAUGUGUCGUUUCAGGACCUUUCGCCGUCGUUGACAGAUGACCAGGUGAGGUCUUUGAAACUUUCGGAUAAGCCAAUUUCUCAUAAUAAUCCAUUCAUACAUGUUCCUCCGGAGUAUAAACUGGGGUGUGCAGAUUCGAGCCUCAAGAGCGAUGGCCAGAGCAGCAGCAGCGUGUCCAACGAUAGCAUAGCACAAGCGUACCAAGGCUACAAUAACAUUAAGACUUCACAGCUGGCGUAUGAACCCCUGACGCAGCAGCAGCAGGACUCCGCUUUAAGGGCGGUGUUGGGAAGGACUCUUUCGGGAAACGGGAACUCCAGUGGAACCGGAAGUACUACUACUGGUAUUGUUGAUAAUAAUUCAGAUCCAGUGUUGCUCAGUGGGGUAGGACGCAGCAGGAGCGGGUUCUCUAGUGCUUCGAGUGCUAGCACGUCGCUAACACGUGGUGCAACGGCGUCGUCGUCAUCAUCCAGAAUCCCUCCAGGUCCCUCUGUCUCGAUUUUGAAGCACAGGACGGAGGACUUACCGGACGAACCCUCGGCAGAAGACAUCGACCUGACGCUGAACGACCCCGAAAUAGAUAAACACAUCGAUAAAGUGACCACUAACAAUACUCUGGAAAACUCGGGGAAUGCAUUUGGAACCGGUUACACCACUUCGGCAUUUGCGAAUUUGAACGAAUUAGAGGACAAGAUCAUGAAGAAGAAGAAGAAUAUCAAGGAUACCAAGAAAGCUGAACCUCAGAAAAAGAAGAAGUCGUAUUCAGAGAUGACCGAUGAGGAACUUGCAGAGUUGGAAAAACAGUUGCAGUCAGGCGGCAGACAAACACAUGCGGAUUUUAGUAACUUCGAUUUCAGCCAACAAAACAGAUUGUUUAUAGGAGAAACAAGACCCUCUCUAAUAGGAAAGGGGUCUGCAAAUACCACUAAAUCAUCCGAUAUUGUGCUAACGUACCCUUCACGUCCAUCAGUGACGCAUAGGGCUAUAUCUUUGACAAGGGAACAUGUAGACUAUCGGAAAAAGUUUGAUAUGGACACCACCACGCGAACGGCCGUGUGUUUUUUGAACGGACGAAAACAUACCUGGGCCACCGCAGAUUGGUUUAUCAACCAGGCUGCGCGCGAUGGUGACCACUUGGUGAUCGUUUCCAACCUACCUAUGUACGAGGAUCUAAUUGAUUUGCUAAAGAAGAGCGGAACAUCUUCCUCGGCGUCGGAACACGCCAAUGCUCAAUCAAAGUUGGAAGAAUUCUCCUUUGACGGUAAAAUCAAAAACAAAAGCCCCAGUGCCAUAGUGGAGCUUCCGUUCCACCAGCUGGGGAUGAUCAUUAACGAAGUGGACGAGCUGACAAGAUUCAAGUGUGAAAGCAUCAUGAACUACUACACUUCCAUGUGCGAGGACAAAGUCAUGAAAAUAACGGUCGAGUUGGUGAAAGAACGUUCUUUCAAACCUUUUGUGACGCACGUGAUGAACCUCUACAGACCACAAUUGCAUAUCGUCUCUACAAUCUCUACAAACUUGAGUAUCAAGUUCAGAAACGGGCAUGUCAAACUGCCCAACUUUCUUUACAGGCAUUUUUGGGUUCCCACGCUAGUGAUCCCAUAUGAAUUCAUCGAUCCAUAUUUGAUGGGAGAAACUAAGAAACCAUUAAGAAAAUCGGUCAAAUGUAAACCAAGAGAUAAGGCGUUUGCUUUGCUGGACAAAUGCAUCAAAAAGUCUCUCAUUGACUCGAUGGGAGCUGAGGAGCAGGAUAUCUGGAGAAAUAACGAUCAAUCCGACAUGGUAAGUAUCGACAGUGCCCCCAAUAACAGCGUUUUAGAUUAUUUCCCAACUUCGCCGGAAAAUAUAUACAAAAAGCAACAGAUCGAGAAAUUGGGUUACAUACCACCCGUACCAACAAGAAUCAAGACAAACCCUAUCGGUCCAGCAGCCUCCAGGGUCUCAUCUCGGAGUAGCAGGCGUUCUUCAAGGGUCUACUUCGCUGAUGAACCGGGCAUGUACAAGGUCAAAUCUCUCUUGGCUGACGACGACGACUCCGCCAAUGACGUAACGCGUACUAGAAGUGACGGACAUGCGCAUGCGUAUACGCACAAUAGACAUUUAUCCCCCUCUUUCGCCAUCUCCAAGCCAAACCAUCUGAACUCCAACACAACCCUGAAAACAUCAAAAAGACAAGAAACAGGAACUGCGGUGCCUAUGGCAAUGCUGACACCGUUCAAAUCUGAGCCAACUUCACCAACCCAAACCACAGGCCCAGGGUCGACCGCAGGCAAAGGCGGUUACAAACCAAAAACAAAAUUCGGGGUCAUGUUGAAAAAAUUAUGGGGUAAAAACAAAGAAUAG